AUGAAGCGAGAAAAACUGAUAUGGCUGUUGACGACAGCAGCUGGAGCAUCCCCCAUAUUGGAAUGGGGACAGGGGUCUCUGUUCGAUUCACCAGGGCUCCGGUUCGGUCCGAACCAAAAGUUCAAAAUCACGAUAUUUGAAGACCUGCAUUUUGGAGAAGAGGCAUGGGGUGAUCCUGCCCUGAUGGAGAACGACCAGAAAACACUCACUGUCAUGAACAAUGUGCUUGACAAAGAACAGACCAAUCUUGUCGUACUAAAUGGUGAUCUUCUCAGCGGCGAGGCUCUUACCAACAAUAAUUAUACAGCCUACGUUAAUCGUAUUGUGGAACCGUUCGUGAAGCGGAAGUUGCCGUGGGCAUCAACAUAUGGCAAUCAUGACAGGACGAGGAACACAUCGCCCCCUGAAUUACUCAAGCAAGAAAAGAUAGCAGGCAACAUCGGCGAAGGGAAACAGCUUUCCUGGACGAGCGCCAUGGUCCAGGGUCCUGACGAAGCGGUCGGCACAUCCAACUAUUUCAUUCCCAUCUAUGCAUCUUCUGGUGGAGGCAAUCCCCAAAUCUCUAUGCUACUUUGGUUUUUCGACAGCCGGUCUGGAAACAAAUUUCAGCAAGCCGGUCCAGACGGCAAAGACAUAGGGAUUGAAGACUUUGUUGACAGGAAGGUGGUGGAUUGGUUUCGACUGGAGAAGGAGGCCUUCAGGAGGUUCAAUCGAGUCAUCCCCAGUCUCGCCUUCGUCCACAUCCCCAUUCAAACUGCGCGAAAAUUGCAAGAACAGGGUGCAGGCGCUGGAUCCACGCGCCCAGGACUUGACGAGGAAGCAAUCGGACACCAGGCCAAUGACUGCAAGCCCACUGGCGAGUGUACUUACAACGGCAAAGAUUCGGCUUUCGUGGCAGAAUUGGCGAAGACGGAGGGGCUGAUGGCUGUGUUCUCGGGCCACGAUCACGGCGUGGACUGGUGCAUGAAAUGGAGACCUGAAGAAAGCGUCAACAAAGACGGCAUCGAUCUAUGCUUCGGCCGCCACACAGGUUAUGGAGGCUACGGCAAGCAGUGGGCCCGUGGCGCUCGCCAGAUCGUCAUCGACGAAACGCACCUUGCACAGAAGGCGUACGACGUAGAUACCUGGAUCCGGCUAGAAGACGGAAGCAUCUCAGGGCACGUAAUGCUCAAUUCAUCGUACGGUCAAGACGCGUAUCCUCCAGCUGUCGCGAAUAGCUUAGGAAAUGAACCUCAACUCCCAGCGCCUGCCAACGUCUAG